GUGUCACGUCUCCAACCGCCUCCCCUCCUUCCUCUCCUCUCUCCUCUCCCUUCUCUGCACACCGUGAGGAUCUCUUCAGUGGAGCCUUGGGUCUCAGGCUAUGUACACCCGGCCGGCUGCACAACAUCCACCCCCACACUGCUGAACCCAAUGUGGCACUCGGACGUGGAAAAAGGUGGAUCACUGAACUGAAACUCAGGUAACCUGAUGGAGGCCUAAGUGUGUGAUUUAUUGAGACGUUGCUCAAGGGGUCCCUGGCAGUACAAAGGCGCCCUUUCAUCGAGAGAUUUGAUUUGGUACACUUUUUUUUAUGUGUGGCAGAAGGUUGUAGCAUCACGUUGACCGGACUGGAUGCUGGGAGGACGAGUGGGACACGACACUUGUGGACAUUCUGUCUAAAAUAAAUGCUUUUUAUUGACUCCUUUCGGGCAAUGGAAGGAUCUCCGAAGACCUGUAGCUCGACUGGUUGGACUGGUGAACGGGUUUGGACCCGAUGCUUUUAGAUCCUUCUCCUGGUGGACUGCGUGGAAGAAAAACGCGACAACUCCAAUUUAUUCAAUUUAAAAGAACAUCACCUUGUAUUUCGGAUAUCUGCGACAUGGGCUGAGCUCUGUGCUGGUCGCUCUUGAUGAGUUUUUUCCCGGAUCGAUAUUAAUUUCUGCAGACGUCUGUCGGAAGCCUCUGAGUGACUCCACGGUGGUUUGUAUUUGGAGGCUUUACGCACCGACGCAUAGACGCACCGGCAGCAGAGCCGAGGGGGGGCACGACACACCGAACACUGGUCUGGUGCGCGACCCGGGGAACCCAUCGCUCAGUCCGGACCAUGUAUCUCACCCGCCUCCUCUUCCUGCUGCUGAGGCUGGCGGUCACCCUCGACGGGCUCAACACCUGCCAGUUUUUCAACCUGGACGAGCAGAAGUCCAAACGCAUCGAGGCGGUCCGCGGGCAAAUCCUUAGCAAGCUCCGCAUCAGGAGUCCACCGGCCAGGCAAGAGACCCCCCCGACCGACACGGUUCCCCCAGAGGUCAUGCUCCUCUACAACAGCACGAGGGAGCUGCUCAAAGAGCGUGCGCGUCAGGCCGAGUCCGCGUGCGACCGCGAGAGUAGCGAAGAGGAUUAUUACGCAAAAGAGGUGCAGCGUAUUGACAUGUUGCCGCCCCGGGCAGAUACCAAUGCGGUGAACCCGGAGUCGCCCAGUCCCCACUACAGGACGGUCCACUUCGACGUCAGCGGCGUGGAGCUCGCCAACAGCACCCUGGUGAAGGCCGAGUUCCGGAUCUUCCGGGCCCCGAACCCGCAGGCCAGCGCCGCCGAACAGAGAGUAGAGGUUUAUCAGCUGCUGAUGCCGGGUGAGGAGAGCGUCUCCACACAGCGCUAUGUGGACUCCAGGAACGUGCAGCCGCGAGCCAAAGGGAGCUGGAUGUCUGUGGAGGUCACGGAGACGGUGAAGGACUGGCUGGGAGACACAGAGAAGAACCUGGGCCUGAGGCUGAGCGUCCACUGCCCCUGCUGCACUUUCGUCCCGUCCACCAACAACAUCCUGCCCAACAAGAGCGAGGAGCUGGAGGCGCUCUUCGCAGGUGUGGACGACCUGCAGCUCCGACAGAUGCAGCGGCCGGGCCAGACCAAGGGCCAGCCCGACUUCAGCACCAAGACCCCCCACCUCAUCCUCACCCUGCUGCCUGGCGACCGCGCGGACAACCCCAACAAGAGGAGCCGCAAGAGGAGGGCGGCCGCCGUCGACUCCUCCACCUGCUCCCGGAAUUCCGAGCAGGGCUGCUGCCUGCGCUCGCUCUACAUCGACUUCCGGCGCGACCUCAACUGGAAGUGGAUCCACGAACCCAAGGGCUACAAGGCCAACUUCUGCGCAGGCAGCUGCCCCUAUCUCUGGAGCGCCGACAACCACUACAACAUGAUCCUCCCUCUGUACAACAAGAUGAACCCCGAGGCGUCGGCGUCCCCCUGCUGCGUCCCCCAGGACCUGGAGCCCCUCACUAUCGUGUACUUCAUGGGCCGGACCCCCCGCGUGGAGCAGCUCUCCAACAUGGUGGUCAAGUCCUGCAAGUGCCGCUAAGGGGAGGGGAGG